AUGACUGGCCACAGUUUUCUCGACGUUGCCUUUUCCUUGUCAGGUUUGCAGUCACUUUCAUACUUGGAUUCAUCUUCUCUAUACUUGGAUUGUGAUAAUCUGUACAAAACAUCAACUUGGUCGUCUCGUUCACUUUCACCACAAAAUUUCCGUCUGUCUGUCUGUCCGUCCCUGUCUCUCUCUCUGUCUCUCUCUCUCUCUCUCUCUCUGCCCACUUACUUUCCGGCAUUUUAUACUCUCUCUCUCUCUCUCUCUCUCUCUGCCCACUUACUUUCCGGCAUUUUAUUUUCAGGAUCUAAUAACAGAGUUCAACAGAAAAAUAUAUAUAUAAAACUAACAACUUCACAAAUGAUAUCAACAACAAUAAAUAUGAAUAUUACAGCGUUUCCUUCUGCUUUUCCAAAUGAAUCAAGUAGAAAUAAUUUUACUUACAUUUCCUCUUUUCCAUCAUGUCAACAUAUUUUUCUUCCUUUUCUUCUUGUCCAUCAUGUCAACAUAUUUGUUCUUUCUUUUCUGCUUGUCCAUCAGGUUGAAAUAGUUUUUCUUCCAUUUCCUCUUGUCCAUCAAGGCAAAAUAAUUUUUCUUUUCCCUCUUGUCAAUCAGUUCAGCAUUUGUUUUCAUCAUUUUCCUCUUGUCCAUCAGGUUGACAUAUUUUUUCUUCCUUUUCCUCUCGUUCAUCAAGGCGAAAUAAAUUUGUUCCUUUUCCUUGUGUUUCAGGACAAAACAGUUUUUCUUUCUUUUUCUCUCGGCCAUCAGGUUGAAAAAGUUUUUCUUUCUUUUCCUCUUGUCCAUCAGGUCAACAUAAAUUUUCUUCCUUUUCCUCAUGUCCAUCAAGGUGAAACAGUUUUUCUUCCUUUUCCUCAUGUCCAUCAAGGCGAAAUAAUUUUUCUUUGUUUCACUUGUCCUUCUGGUCAACAUAAUUUUCCUUCUUUUUCCUCAUGUCCAUCAGGUCAACAUUGUUUUUCUUCCCUUUCCUCUUGUCCAUCAGGUCAGCGGUUUUUCUUCCUUUUCCUCUUGUCCAUCAGGUCAAAAUUGUUUUUCUGCCUUUUCCUCUGGACCACCAGUUCAGCAGAGUUUUUUUUUCCUUUUCCUGAAGUCCAUCAAGGUGAAAUAGUUUUUCUUCCUUUUCCUCUUAUCCAUCAGGUCAACUUUUUCUUCCAUUUUCAGGUCAAGCCAAAUAAUUUUUCUUCUUUUUUCUCUUGUUCACCUGGUCAACAUGGUUUUUCUUCUUGUCCAUCAAGUCAAAGCAGUUUUUCUACCUUUUCCUUUUGUCCAUCAAAGAAAAUCAGUUUUUCUUCAUUUUCCUCUUGUCUAUCAGGUGUCAUGGUUUUCUUUCUUUUUCCUCUUCUCUAUUACGUCUACAUAUUUUUUCUUCCUUUCCUCUUGUCCAUCAAGGUCAAAAUAGUUUUUCUUCCUUUUCCUCUUAUCCAUCAGGUCAACAUGGUUAUUCUUUCUUUUCUUGAUGUUGACAUAUUUUUUCUGCCUUUUCCUCUGGACCACCAGUUCAGCAGAGUUUUUCUUCCUUUUCCUGAUGUCCAUCAAGAUAUGGUGAACAUGGUUUUUCUUCCUUUUCCUUGUAUGUAUCAGGUGAUCAGUUUUUCUUUCUUUCCUUUUGUCCAUCAAAAUGAAAUAGUUUCAGUUCCUUUUCCUGUUGUCUAUCUGGUCAACAUAGAUUUUCUUCCUUUUCAUCUUGUCCAUCAGGUCGAAAUAGUUUUUCUUCCAUUUCCUCUCGUCCAUCAAGUCAAAACAGUUUUUCUACCAUUUCCUUUUGUCCAUCAAGGAAAAACAGUUUUUAUUCCUUUUCCUCUUGUCCAUCAAGUCAAUAUAAUUUUCUUCUUUUUCCUCUUGUCCAUCAAGUCGACGUAUUUUUUCUUCUUUAACCUCUUGUCCAUCAAGGUGAAACAGUUUUUCUUCCUUUUCCUCUUGUCCAUCAGCUCAGCCUGCUUUUUCAUACUUUUCCUCUUGUCCAUGAGGCUUUCUUCCUUUUGUAUAGUCUUCAUUUUCCUCUUGUCAACAGUUUUUCUUUCUUUACCUCUUGUCAUUCAGUUCGAAAUAGUCUUUAUUCCUUUUCCUCUUGUCCAUAAAGGUGAAAUAAAUUUUCUUCCUUUUCCUCUUGUCCAUCUGGUCAACAUGGUUUUCCUUCCUUUUUCUCUUGUGUAUCAGGUGAUCAGUUUUUCUUUCUUUUCCUCUUGUCGAAAUAGUUUUCUCCCUUUUCCUCUCGUCCAUCAAGGUGUAAUAAUUUUGCGUCCUGUUUUGUUUGCCCAUCAGGUCAACAUAUUUUUCUUCCUUUUCCUCUUGUCCAUCAGGUCAAGAGUUUUUCUUUCUUUUCUUCUUGUGCAUCAGUUCAACAUAAUUUUUCUUCUUUUCCUCUUGUCCAUCAAGGCAAAACAGUUUUUCUACCUUUCCGUUUUGUUUAUCAAGGGAAAGGAGUUUUUCUUUCUUUUCCUCUUGUCCAUCAGGUUGAAACAGUUUUCUCCCAUUUCCACUUGUCCAGCAGGUGAACAUAGAUUUUCUUCCUUUUCCUCCUGUCCAUUAGGUCGAAAUAUUUUUUUUACUUUUCCUGUUGUUCAUCAAGGCAAAACAUUUUUUCUUCUUUUUCUUUUUGUCCUUGAAGGAAAAAUAGUUUUUCUUUCUUUUGCUGUAGUCCAUCAGGUAGAAACAGUUUUCAUCCUUUUCUUCUUGUCCGUGAGGUCAGCGGUUUUUCUUCCUUUUCCUCUUGUCCAUCAAGUCAACACAAUUUUUUUAUCUUUUCGCCUUGUCCAUCAAGUCAAUAUAAUUUUCUUCUUUUUCUCGUUCUUUUCCUCUUUUCUAAAUAGUCAUAUUCCUUUUCCUCUUGUCCAUAAAGAUGAAAUAAGUUUUCUUCCUUUUCCUCUUGUCCAUCUUGUCAACAUGGUUUUCCUUCCUUUUCCUCUUGUGUAUCAGGUCAAAAUAUUUUUUCUUCCUUUUCUUCUUGUCCAUCAAGAUGAAAUAGUUUCUCUUCCUUUUCCUUUUGUCCAUCAGGUCAAAAUAGUUUUUCUUCCUUUUCCUCUUGUGCAUCAAAUCAACAUAAUUUUUCUUCCUUUUCCCCUUGUCCAUCAAGGCAAAAUCGUUUUUCUUCCUUUUCCUUAUUUCAUCAGCAAAAUAGUUUUUCUUCUUUUUCCACUUGUCUCUCAGGUUGACAUAGUUUUCUUUCCUUUUGCUCUUAUCGAUCAUGUUGAAAUAAUUUUUCUUCAUUUCUUCUUGUGCGUGAGUUCAACAGUGUUUCUUUCUUUUCCUCUUGUCCAUCAAGGCAAAACAGUUUUCCUACAUUUUCCUUUUGUCCCUGAAGUGAACAGUUUUUCUUCUUUAUCCUCUCUUCCAUCCAGCAAAAUAGUUUUUCUUCUUUUCCCACUUGUCUCUCAGGUUGACAUAGUUUUCCUUCCUUUUGCUCUUAUCGAUCAUGUUGAAAUAAUUUUUCUUCAUUUCCUCUUAUCCAUCAGUUCAACAGUGUUUCUUCCUUUUCCUCUUGUCCAUCAAGGCAAAAUAGUUUUCCUACAUUUUCCUUUUGUCCAUGAAGUGAACAGCUUCUCUUUCUUUUCCUCUGUCCAUCAGGUUGAAAUAGUUUUUCACCCUUUUUGUCUUGUCCAUCAGUUCAAUAUAUUUUUCUUCCUUUUCUUCUUUUCCAUCAUUUUCAAAAAGUUUUUCUUCCUUUUCUUCUUGUUAAUCACGAAAAAAUAUGCCUGGUAUAUUGUUGCUGCUGGAGGCUGUCUUCUUCUAGCCACAAUGACUUUGUUCAUAUAUCUGUACUUUACUAAUAAAAAGUCACGACAGAGGAAUAUGUCCAUUGAUUAUAGAAGUCGACCAUUACCAUCAUUACCAAGUUCAGAAUUGGUAAGAGACGUCAUAACACAAUCGACCUUUGACAUAAAUGCAGAUUAUCUACGCCCAAAUUCAAGAGGUAUUGAAAAUUGUCCAGUGAGACCAAAAAGAGAUUUCCCCAAUUAUUCAAACAGGAUUCUUGAAGAAAAUAUGGAAGAACGAUGCACUGAAAAUGCCCCGCAGCUACCAGCAAGAGAUUUUUCUCUAUAUUUAAACAAUGUUAUGAAAAAAGUUGAUAAAGAGAGUAAGUUACAGAAUCUAACAAGUUCUAUUAAUAUAAAUGGCAAUAUUCAGCAAUUAAAUAUUGUACACAAGUCAGGAAUUGUAAACAUUGCUGGAGUAAACUGCGGAAAUCGUGAGAACAAUAAACAACAGGCACGUUCUUCAUAA